GCCCGACAACAGCUAUCAGCGAACAAAUGACAGACGUCAGAAUUGUCUACCAUCUUGCUUCACUGUUUUUAAUAUUUAGGUGUUAUACGGAGCCUCAAUACAUUAUUUCAAGUUUAAGUAAACAAUAGGCCAUGAAAGGUUCUAACUCCCAAGCAUAGCAUUCGGGAGUGUUACGCGGGAUAACUUAGACAUCAAUAAAAACAAUGGAAACCGAUUUUAUUGAUGAUUUUAUUGAAGAGUAUCGCAAGCAACCGUGUCUGUGGCAGGCAAGUUCAGCAGAUUUCAAAAAUCGGAAAAAGCGCCAAGAGGCUUACCAUAAACUCAUUGAAGUGGCGAACAAACACGGGGAGCACUACAAUAUCGAAAGAACCAAACAAAAAAUCAACAAUUUGAGAUGUGCAUUUCGGCAUCAACUACGCAAAUUUACAGAGAGCAAGAAUAAAACGAGUGGAAAAGAGGACACCUACUGUCCCAAACGUCGCUACUUUGAAAGUUUAAUGUUCUUGCUAAACGAGGAGCGACCAGACAAGGCGAAAGUAGAUAUCAAGGUAGACGCAGCCGAGAUGCCGACGAAGACGGUUGACUAUCCCCUGAACGCUGAAGCAGAGGAAAGUAAAGACACACCGGCGGAAAUUGUCAUUCGCCCGCAAUCACAGACUAUCCAGGGCACAACAGUCCAAAGUGUUCCAACAUCGAAAGAGGAGAUUGUCUUUGAGACGCAACCAUAUCCCUCAACGCCCAAGGAAAAUCGUCUGCACAUAGAAGUGCAAGCCAACGACGAAGUCAAUUUUCUAUGGCCGAGAAUAAAUAGGCCAGCGAAGCCUGGCGAGAACAACAUUAUCCACAUGGCAGCGUCGGAGAUCGUUGAGCAGGACGCCCGUCCAUCGUCGGCAUGUUCCCAAGCAUCAUCGCCUUCAACCCGCAGUGAAAAUGCACCGAAAAAGGUGAAAAUCGAUUGUAGUGCAACUGAUUUCGAGAAAUUAUUGAACCUAGCAUGUAGUAAAACUAGCACGACGGAUACGAAUGAGGAUAACUUUUCCAUAUUCGGGAAAAUGGUGGCAUACAAACUGCGCUCUAUGGACGCGCAACAGUGCAUCAUUGCCGAGAAGUUAAUUACGGACAUCCUUUUGGAUGGACAAAUGAAAAUGCUUACGUAUCCUGCACGAAAUACCAUACCAUAUCGGCAGGAAACAGGACACGCUUUCGUUAUAUCUGGUUUGAAUAUCAACGGAACGACGGAGCAGCCUAGCGACCGAGCUCAAUACUCAACACAAACGAUACAAUAUAACGCAGGCAAUGGAUCUCAAAUAUAGUUUGCUAUAGAGAAAAAGAGGAAGUUUGCAUGCUAUCUAUUACUUUGUGCAAGGCGGCCGCCAUCCAAUACCAUAGCGAAAUUGAAGCGUUGUGUGUCAAAAUAUCGACGCGCUACUAUCAAAUGCUGCUCUUAAUACAUCAAUUGCAAACGAGCAGUGCUAGAUAACAUAAGAUGAGUGUUCGAGUGUAGCAUGGAAAUUAGAAUACCAGCCAACAAUCCGAUGGCACUUCUCGGGUUUCUUAUACAAAACAGGAACAGUUUGGGAUAAUAGAAAAUGGGGUUCAUUUUAAGGAAACUGUUUACUAUUACUACAUUCUAAGAAAUCGUGGAUCAAUGAAUAACUAAAUGAAAAAAAAAACUUCAAACAAUGAAGGGAACGAACACUUCUCGCGUAAAAUGAUGUUAAACUUUUUUUGGACAAUUUAGCGACCCAAGGAGCAAUGAUACGCCUAGAAAAUAUUAACGAAUGAAUAUUAUGGCCACCAUAAUUUAGUUGCAUUUGAAUGCGAAAUAAGUUCGGCAUUUUCCUAACAGACCCGCGUACGAAUCAUACCCGGAGAAUGUCCGGUCUCAUUUUAUCAGACAAGAAUUUUUUCUGUAAAGUGAGUUUAUAUAACUACCUUCCCCGAUCUCUGUUCUUUUCACCUUUGCGAAAGGUAUAUGAGACUUGGUCGGUCUUCAACCUCUGAAGUUUGUAGUUCUUAUUUAAAAAAAAUUGCAUCAUACAUUAUGAAAUAUAAUUACAAAAGCCCUGUUAUGAUCGAAA